AUGGUGAUAAUCAAGGAGCUGGAGGAAAUAGAGUUCAUUACGAACAACGAAGAACUGGAGGAGUAUAUGAUGAACAACGAGGAGCUGGAUGAGAUUGAUUUCAUCACAAACAACGAAGAAAUGGAGGAGUACCUGAUGAACAACGAAGAGCUGGAGGAGAUGGAGUUCAGUAUGAACAACGAAGAGAUGGAGGAGAUGGAUUUAAACCCUUGUUUUCCAGAAACAAUCACACAUGUAGGAGAAUCAGAUGUUCCAACCAGAAAUAAAAAGAAUCUCACAAAUGAACAACGUCUAGAUAUUUUCCAUUUCUUAUUGAAGGAGAGUAAGAAGGGACGACCGCAAAAACGCUCAGUCCCAAUGGUAGCGCAACUAUUUUCAACAUCAGAAUCUACAGUAAAACGUAUAUGGAAACGAGGAAAAGAUUGUGAAGCAAAGAAAUUACCUUUUGACGUGUCUUCACGAAAACCAACCAUAGUUCGUCCUAAACCAAAGAAGGUUGAUUUCAGCAAGAUAAUAGAAAUACCAUUGCGAAGACGCACCACCAUAAGAUCCAUUGCCGAAGCUUUGAACAUGACCAAGUCAACUGUCCAUAGAUACGUCAAGAAAGGAGCGAUUAAAAAACACACGAACGCAAUAAAACCAGCCUUCACAGUGGACACGAAGAAAAAACGGUUAGAAUUCUGUUUGGGAAUGCUUGAGCUUAUCCCUUACAAGGAUAAUAUGAUGACCAAGCCCAUGUAUGAUGUUAUACACAUAGAUGAGAAGUGGUUUUUUAUGACAAAAGCAACAGAGAAUUACUACCUUCAUCCGGAAGAAACCGAACCAUAUCGUACAUGCCAAAGUAAAAGAUUCAUUAAAAAGGUAAUGUUUUUGGCAGCAGUAGCUCGUCCUAGAUUUGAUGAGUUCGGAAAUGAAGUUUUUAUUGGAAAGAUAGGUAUAUUUCCUUUUGUAACAAAGGAGGCAGCAAAACGAACGAGCAAGAAUCGUCCAGCUGGAACACUUGAAGAUAAACCAAUUGAAUCUGUGAACAAAUACAUUACAAGAGCUUGUUUGAUUAACAAAUUGUUACCAGCCAUUCGGGAAAAGUGGCCAAACUACAAUGGGGAAACUAUAUACAUCCAACAAGAUAAUGCAAAACCACAUGUUAAAGUGGAUGAUGAAGAAUUUUUAAAAGAAGCGGCAAAAGAAGGUUUUGAUAUUAGAUUGAGAUUCCAACCUUCACAAAGUACCGACAUGAACGUUCUCGAUCUUGGGUUUUUCAGGUCUAUACAAUCAUUACAGCACAAAGAGGCGCCCACUACUGUUGGCGAACUUUUAUCGGCUGUGGAUAAAGCAUUUAAUGAAUUAUCGGCACAAACUCUGAAUGACGUAUUCCUCUCGUUGCAACUAUGCAUGGUAGAGGUUCUAAAGCUUCGUGGAGGAAACAAUUAUAAAUUGCAGCAUACAGGGAAAAAGAAACUUGCACGCAUUGGUGAACUUCCUACUCAAAUCGAAGUGGAUAAGAAUUUGGUGAAGGAUGCAACUAAUUACCUUUCAUGUUUAAGAUAUUUCUGCAAGGAUGAGAGUAUUGCUGGCGAAAUACAUGGCAACAAUAUCAUUAUGUAG